AUGGAUGUUUCAAGCAUUGUCCUCAAGCUACUUACAGAUGGGAUUGUGGAUGGCGAGCAUCGGGAUGUCUUAAGUUCCUUGAACGAGCUUCUCAGGCCGGUUGAGUAUGAAGCCGUUAGGUGGCCUGACGGAUCGUGCAUUGUGUUAAAGGAUAACCGGAGCUCGCACCCACCAGACUCCAGGACUAUGGAGAUAGAGGAGGUAUUCAGGAACGUUGUGUUUGGAAUCCCAGUCUCAGGAGACGUAGUGGACAUGCUUAUGGCGGACAGAUGGAUUGAGAAUGUUGGAGGAGAGCUUCGUCUGAGCAGAAAGUCGCUGGUACAGCACAUGGACUUUAUUCUAGGGCUGGGAGGAAGAUAUGUGGUCUGCAAUGUGUGUGGAUUUCUAAGCGAGGAAGGGGAGAUCCAUGGAUUCUGCUCGAUGCUUUUGGAAAAUGAAAGAAAUUCUGGCGGAGAAAACAGGGUUGAUAUGGAGUCCCCGAUAACCCCAGAUGGCUAUCCUUGA